CCGUUUCAUCAGAUUUCUCCUCCCUGUCCUUGUUUUUUUUUUCAAAUUAAUGUGCGAAAUUGUUGUUUCUAAAUGUUUGGACACAAGUCCAUUGUGUCCUUAAAUGUCAUCCUAUUGUUUGAAAUGAAAAUAGAAAUCUUAUUUUAUUUUUAUUUGUUAAAGCAGCAGGCUCAGCACCAUGGUUGCUCAACACCUUCUGGUCAUUUCCAAAGGCAUUUGAUCAAAAUGUGCAGUUAACCAUAGCCAUGAGUAAGACUUUAAGUUGAUGAAGGUCAAUGGUUAUUGGAUGGAACAUUUUAUAAAAUAUUUUACUCAUAUUUUUUCAACUUAUCUGAAAAGCAAAGACUAGAAUAGGUAAAUGUUUAGAAACGAUUACUGCACUCGCUAGAGAUGUAAAACACAUAUACAGUAUACAGACAUACAUUUCAGUGUCACAGAUCUGUGCAGAGCUGUGACUGAGACAUGAAGACUGUCCGAAGCCCCUGCCUCCGAUCUGUGGACAGACAGACCCCGUUAUAACUCCCAUCCGAUGCUCCAGCCAUUUAUCUCAGGGCUUUGGCACAUUUCAUUGGCUAGUGCAUAAACUGCUAAAGGUCACUGCCACUAAUUACACUAGUCCAAAACAGACAGAUGCCUACCCUAAGCUUGAUUGUGCCCUCCUUCAUUAAAAUAAUAUUCAAAGGUUGCAAAGGUUGAUUUUAAGAACAUGUAAUUCUUUUAUUAUUACAGUGAACAAAUAUCUAAAAAUAAUGGAGCCUUUGUUCCCAUUUAAUACAUGUAUAAUCAGCUGUCCAGUUUUUUUUCAUGAUUUCUUCAAUUAAUUAAUAAACUUUUUUUUAUUUACUGCCUACAUUGUAUGCAAUAGAGCAAGCUUGGUCUGGCUGGAUGCUGUUUUAGCCAAGUGGCGACCUCAUUAUCUUGGCAUCCAAUCAGUCCUCUGGCCAGCUCCUAAUUGAGCCAUCAGCGCCUUAAGGGGGAAGAGGAAGGAUGAACGUGUCAAUUACAGUAAUGAGGGGGCAGCCAUGCAGAGGGCAGUCAGGGAGAGGAAGGCUAGACAGAAACCUUGCAGGGUAGCCCCAUUCUGCUCAAUUCACAGCUAAUGAAAGAUAAUGUUGUAGCCCGACAGUGGCAAAGUUAGCGGAAUCCACAGGGAAGAGCAUUUUUAAUCGUUUUCCCCUCUGGCGAUGGGAUAUUUCUACAAGUCUUGUUGUGGUAAUGGUUUAGAGUUUGGUGCCUUACAGUUUCAGAUGAUCUAUGAUGUUCAGCACUGCCUACAACACAUUAAAUGUGUUAAAUAUAAAACAAAAUGGGUAUUUUGGCACAGCACAAGCUACAUCAUGACGUGUCCCAUUUGGUUUGCAGGCCUUUUAACUUAAUUGCAAAUCUCUAUGAAAUGUUUGGUAUUUACAACACUACUAAGGUGCUUGGUGGGCGACUGAAGUCACUUUACUGGUCACAUACAUCACAUCAACAUUAUUGACAUGUUGCACUGAAAAUGAUGAUAAUUAUUUGUUUGUUCAUCUUGUGAUUAAGGAAAACAUAAGUCUAACAUUUAGAUUUCUUGUAUUAUUACAAAACAUGACAUUUAGUGAAGAUGUACAAGGGUUGUUUUUCUGACAAGUGAAAUGUCAAAAACUAGUGAAAAAUCCCAACUAUGACUUUCAGUUCUUUAAAUGUAUUCAGUUCCAGGUUGGAUUGCUUAAGACAGUUGUCCUCUUUGUAGGACCGGUGCCAAGAUGUCAGAUGACAAAUGCCUGCACAAGGAGUUGGGUAGCAUAUUCGGAAAGACAGGGUCAGACCCUGUGCAUGCUUGAGACCAAGGAGACGUGGUCAGCAAAGCUUAGGUGACCGUCAGCGAUGACCCGAGUUGCUGGUGGAUAGAGUUGGGGACAAUUAAUACAAAUCCUGUUUAUGCAUACAAAAGUAGAUAUAAUGUGAAAUCAAAUCAUUGUUUUGUAAUUGUCCAGUUUAUAGCGUAGCAUUUAAAUACAAUGCUCAGUAAUCCCCAGUUCUGGAGUUGGAACGUCACAGAGGCAGAGCUGACAUAGUUGAGUCAUCUGGUGGAAAACACAAAGGGACAUGUGGGUUAUGGGCACAGCAGAGACAGGACAAGCCGUUCUAGUGGUUGGUAGAACCUGGGUCACACUGGUGGAGGGGCGGCGACAGCCCUGCCAAGAUGCCUUGAAGUGAACUGCCUGAAAGCUGCACCAGAGAUGCCAAGCUAAGAUGGCACACUGGAUCUGGUGGUGUCAAUGUCAAGGGCUGCACACAGACGGAGUAAGAUUAGAACCAUUAGAACCAGCUUUUACAGCCUGCAGGGACUCGACGAGCAGGAGGCCGCUUUAUGAUUCAAAUGAAUUUAGAACGAAUGCAAAGUUUAACACUGUCAAUUCAUAUAGAGCCAGAAACACACAAAGCCCAGAAUCAGCUGUCUCUGAAAAUAAUUAUAGGAAGGUCACAUUCUCCAUUGAAAGCUACUUGAACUUAUUGGCUUUAUUUGAUGAAAAGCUUGUAAACUAAGGUUUAGGCCGCCUGCUGUUAUUUCAACUUGAUCGACAACAAUGUUGAGCUGCAGUGUUUGUGGCGUCUCAUGCUGUUGAUGAGACGUCACUGACAAAUGAUGCAGAGAUUUUUGGAGUUGAACCUAAUACGCUGGGUUUUAUUACGACUUCUGAUUAAUUCUCAAGCUGGCCACUCGCUCGGGUGUUGAAAUGUGGUUUUGCCGAGGCCCCAUGUGCACUCCAGUGGCAUUUUCAUUUUUUCCAUCUGGCUUAACAGCAGUCCCACAGGAAAGCGCGGACAAGGAGAAUGAAGAUCGGAGCACAAUUACCACAGGGCUAAGCCUUUGUUUAGGAAGGGGCAUGAGGCUGUUAGGCAAGCGAAACGUUCACUUAAUAAACAGCUGAUGUGGAUCAAAGGGGAUUCUACGGUCAAGCAUGGAACCGAACCAGUAAUUGUAACGAGACGUUUACGGUCCUCAGUGUUGUUGUGGAGAGGAGUGACGUCCUCCUCACCGCAGCAGCUGCAGGGAACAUUUUUUCCCACUUUUGUUCCUGUUGAGCAAACAAUGAACUGAGGACCUGCUCCAGUCCAUUCACUGCCCUCACUGCUCGCCGGCAAACGGAGUCGACCGCGUUGUCUCACCACAUCUGGGCAAAGAAAUGCGCGUGUGCGUGCGUCCUCGGGUGCAGGACUGUGUCUGAGUGUUUUUGGGCUGGAGAUCAUACACUGCACUUCAACUCUCACCCUCUGAGAAGCGCUUCUCUACUUGACUGACUACAACGUUUGUGUUCACCACUGCAAAGCAUCAUGGGUCGGAAAAAGAUUCAGAUCCAACGGAUCACAGAUGAAAGGAACAAGCAGGUCACAUUCACAAAGCGAAAGUUUGGCUUGAUGAAGAAAGCUUACGAGCUGAGCGUAUUGUGCGACUGCGAGAUUGCUCUGAUCAUCUUCAACCACGCGAACAAGUUGUUCCAGUACGCCAGCACCGACAUGGACAAGGUCCUGCUCAAAUACACAGAGUACAAUGAGCCUCAUGAGAGUCGGACUAAUGCAGACAUUAUUGAGACUUUGAGAAAGAAAGGCUUCAAUGGUUGUGACAGUCCUGAGCCAGACGGCGAAGACUCCAUUGAUCAAAGUCCUCUAAAUGAUGACAAGUUUCGUAAAACCACAGAGGACCUGGAUGUCCUCUUUAAACGCUACGGACAGUCGACGGCUCAGGCCCAGACGUUCUCCAUGCCAGUUACAGUCCAGGCGUCCAAUCCGAGCACACUGCAAUUCAGUAACCCUGGCAACGCCCUGGUAACUACCUCCUAUGUAACAUCAUCAUCGCUCACGGAUACCCACCUCCUGUCGCCACAGCAACCAGCUGUACAGAGAAAUACAGUGUCUCCUGGGUUGCCACAGCGACCAGCCAGUGCAGGGGCCCUUCUUGGAGGGGACCUGAAUAAUUCCAAUGGAGGAUGUCCAAGUCCUGUUCCUAAUGGAUACACCAGUGCCAGGGCCUCCCCAGGCCUCCUCACCGUUUCCAACGGCAACAACGGCCUGGGGAAAGUAGUCCCUGCAAAGUCUCCACCCCCACCUCCCAGCCCCCAGAUGGCGAACAGCCGCAAGCCAGACCUCAGAGUCAUCACCUCACAGGGAGGAAAGAGCCUCAUGCAGAUGACAGAGGAUGAGCUGGAAUUGGUAAACGAGAACGCCCAGCGGCUGGCGGCUGGAGCGCAGGUGGCGCAAACCCUCACCACGCCGGUGGUGUCCGUAGCCACGCCGAGCCUCCUGGCACAGGGGCUGCCCUUCUCCGCCAUGCCCACCGCCUACAACACAGAGUACCAGCUGACCAGUGCAGACAUCACCGCUCUACACGCUCUGGCGUCACCUGGUGGCCUGCUGCCAACCAGCGUGUCUACGUGGCAACAGCAGCAGGCUGUUUCCCAGCAACCGCAGCAGCAGCAACAGACGCAGCAGCAGCAGCAACAGCAACAGCAACUCAGCCUCGCAUCGCUCAGCAACUUGGUCAUGUGGGGCGUGGACAAACAGAGCAGCGAGCUGUCUAGCCAGGUGUCCAGUCUGGCUGCCAAUCUGAGCGUUGGCUCUCCGUCCAACCUGCUCUUGGGUAGAGAUGAGUGGUUGGGCCGGCCGGUCACCCAUAUACCUCAAGGCACCAUGCUGACCGUGAACACAAACUCCAGCGUGAGCAUCAAAUCGGAGCCCGUGUCCCCCGGCCGGGAUCGCAGCACCCCUUGUCCUCCCUCCUCCACCACCCCGUCCUCCACCUCGGGCGGCUCCAUCCUCGCCGCUCCGCCGCAGUAUCCCGGCUCUCUGCUGUGCCUGGAGCCCCCGACCGGGCGCUCGCCCGCGGACAGCGUGAGCAGCAACGCCAGCUCGUUCGAAGGCAGCGAUCGCGACGACGGCGCGGCCGGGGGCGGCGGGAGCGCAGGCGGAGGAGGAGGCGGCGGCGGUGGCGGCAACACCGCGGCCGGCAGCGCAGGCCGGUCAGUGCCGCCCGACUUCAGCCCCACGGCCGAGCUCCUCAGGGCGUCGAACGAACCGGAGCAGGAGGCCGGGAACAGCAAGCGCAUGCGAUUGGACACCUGGGUCACAUAGAGGCGCCAGCGCCACCGGUCUGCAGCCUGGAGACGACCUGGUGACACUUUUAAUUCACACAACACACACCCUCCAUUUACCCCCCACUGCCCUCACCCCACUGCCACGUGACACUGUCAUCACACAUCUUCCUCUGUCCAGAUUUCUACAGCUCGGCUGCAGAGACGUACACGGCUUUGCCAAAAAAAAAACAAACAAAAAAAAAAACACGGGGGAUCACUUUGAGAGAGCUGAGUGGUUUAGAUAUCUCGUCCCAGGUAAAGCCCUCGACAGAGGUUUUUGAAGCCUUCUUGCUUGAAUGGUCCCCCAAUAGGAACUUGUUUUGGUAUAAUAAGGUGUCCUACGUGACAAAACUAUACAGACAUUCAUCUUUCUCAUGGUUUCUGCAUCAUCAUCUUGUAUUCACAUGGAUCUUGUGCUACAUCAUUCUCGACUGGAUCUGUGGAUCGUCGACAUUAGGGACUGCUGCCAUACGACGUUCCACUUCCUGCUCUUUUGAAAUUCGGUGUCAGUGGGAUUGUGCACUGUCCAUUCUUCCAUCAGUCACUUCCAAGCUGUACUAUUGGUAAAAAAAUGAAAAACUAUCUAGACAUGCUGAAGGACUGGGCAUCUAUCUGGCACUGAACAAACGGACUUAUCAGUCCGGUAAGAACACAUCCCCAGCAGUCGAUCCUUCUGCUGCCACAGUUCCCACGCUGGCGCCCCCAGGCAGCUGGAGACCUCAGCCGUGGAGUGAAGCACCUCGCCAGAGUGCCAACAUCAACCGCUCCCCAACAACGAAAACAAAAUGCCAAACGCCUCUCGCACGUUGCAGAGACCUCCACAAAUUAUCACUUGCACUGUCAUGAAAAAUGUUCAGUCUUCAGACUGGGUGCUCCUCCCGUCCACUCGCCUCAUCCCCUCUUGGAGCUUGUUGGAAAUUGUUGCACCAGAAAUCAAGCCAGUCACUCAUCUUAUUACCAGGAGUAGAUGCCAUCUAGUUAGAGCAUAGUAGGAGUUUUUGAGCCUCCGGUGGCUCCUUUGGGUAGAGAAGUAUUUGGUUCUUUGAGUCCAAGUGUUCUUUAUCUGUUGGUAUUUUGGAAAAAAAAAACAGUUUUGAAGGUCUGUUUGUUGUCCAGAAGUGGAAAUUCUGACUUUGUAUAAAAAUCACUCCUUAUACAAAAGCUUUGAUGUCCUCUCUAGCGCUCUAGCUCUUCUUAGCUCUUUGCCGUGUUUCAAAAAGUGAAAGGAAAAAGACAUUUUCUAUAUUUCUACCGCUUCAGUUGGCGACAAAGUAAAAUAGCUUUUCAGCUUCAACGACGUGUAUGUACAUAUGAAUAUAUUUGCAUAGACUUUGCUAGGUAUCCCUAAAAACAAGCAAUGUGUUGAUUCUCAGUGGAUCUGUUUGCAUAUAUGAGUGUGACUUUGAUAUGUUUUGAGCUACGGUGCAGGGGUUACGCCGCACUAGGUAGUGCUGGUGGAUCGGACUUGUUUCAGUAAACCUAUUUUACGCUAGUAUUGAUGGUGUGUGCACUUUGUCUCUCACUCACAGAGGCCUGCUUGGUUGUGGUGUCAUCAUACUCUCCUACCACACAUUUUUAAAACCCACGAUCAAAGUUCAAUUGUCCAUUUAAAAGUUAUUAUUAUGACACUGCCAUUCACUUACAGUGUAGUUUAGAGAUGAAAUACACUUAGUUAUGCAUAUUUUUGAUUGAAAGAAUCAUGUAACACAUUAAGCAGACACAGAUUAUGCCUUUUAUCACUUUGAAAUGAGUCAAGAAAUUGGCUACCAAGUGCUGUGUUUGUUGUUUUCUUGUGUUUUCUAGUACAGAUUUGCUUUGUCUGAACCAUUUCAAGUGUGUGUGUGCGUGUGUACACAAGUUGUUUAUAGUAUCCAAAUAGAAAGUUUAUUUUCAUUGCUUAACCCCUCUGCCCUUUGAGAUGAGACGUACUGUUUAUUGACUGUUUCUCUACAUAAACAAUCCUACACAUUGUGUAGGUGAAGCGGUUUAUUGUGAUUAGCUGCUGCCCACAGCAUUAGGUGAAGGAACACAGACACCGCGGGUUUGUGGCGAACGUGCUGUGUGACGCUUUCACCGAAGCCGGUGCUGUUGAGGUUUUCCAUGAUCAGGUCAUUACUCCGUCCUUCAUUCAGCAGUGUGGUGGGAAGCUGUUCACCCUGCCGACAUCACUGCGUUCUCCUUUUAGUCCUGCUAAACAAUCUAAUAACACCUUCACUGAACCUGUGUCCCAUAAACCUUUAAAAGAAUAGUUUGACAUUUUAGUAAAUGCUUGAUGAAAAUCUAGGGCACAAACAUAAAUAUCAUGCAAUAACUAGAUAAUAAACUAUCUAAAGGGUAACAAACUAUCAGCACAUCUGACGUAUCUGCUGUUAUUUGCUUCUGCGAUGUUUAAGUUGCACUUCACUAAUUUUACAGUGAACUUUGUAGCAUUUUUAAGUCGUCUAAGCUAAAAUUAGUUUUAUUUUCUUGUAAAACCCACGGUAGCAGGAGGUAACAUAAAAAGUAACAGCAGCUGCACCGGAACAUGAGUGAUAUUAAUUCUCUCCACUAUCAAAAAUAAUAGUUCUUGGACCUAAAAAUGUCAAACUAUUCCUUUUAAAAAGUGAACUUUGGGCGAUACGGUCCUUCAAACAGCUGAUGAUCUCUUAGCAGCCGUUUCCAGUUUUGCAGAAGUAAAUUCCCAGGCAGACGACGUGUGGGCACAGACGGUUGACUGAAAUGUGAAACCACACUUCAACGUCCUGCCUCUCGCAGCUCUGCUCAUGUACAAAUAGGUUUUCUGUCCAAUAGCAGCGUAGUCACAAGACAAUCUAUACGAGAAAUGAAAUCCUGCACCCAUUACUUGUUGUGUACAAUGUUUUUUAGAACCUCACUAUUUUUGGAUUAAUUUGUGCUGGUGACAGUUCCAUUGUCUAUAAUUAUAAUGAUAUUAUUAUGGAGCUUUUAUUUCAUUGCUGUUUAGUGUAGGAUAGCAAACUGUUUAUUUUCUCUCUCAUUUUAUCUUAUCAUAAACAGUACUAGUUUCCUUUUAUGAAACAACUUGCUGAAAAUUGCACGAUCAGUUGUUGUGGUAUUAGCAAAUGCAAUGAAGGAAAUACCAGUUAAAUGCUGCAGUUUUAAUUACGAUAUAGAAUAUAUUUAUAAAAACGGGAAACAACUGAAAUUAGUAAUUCAUUAAAUUUGAAAAACGUAGGUGCAUGGGAUACAGGUAACAACAAAACCUAUGUUACACACAGUAAAGAUAAAGGACAUGCAUCACAAAUGAGCUUUCAAACUCAGAAUAAUGUAGCAUAUGAAAUACUAAAGAUGAAAUUUAUAGCUAAUAUAUUGUGCUGAGCUAGUCCGCUUUGGGUUUUGUUGUAAAGAAAAUAUUUCUUUUGUUGUUUUCUUUUUUUUGAGAAUGAUAUACAGUUUGUGUAUAUUUUCAUAUACAAAGUAUGCACUGAUAUGUUAUUGAAAUUCUAUACCGCUUUUACAAAGAAGUGUUUGUUGUACCAAAGUAUCCAAGUCCCUCGAAACCUUAUCCUUUUUGCGUAUGUUUUACCGUAUUUUAUAUAUUAAAUAGACAAACUGAGUGAAAUGAAA